AUGUCUGGCACUGCAACUCCCACUGAGGUCGCCGGCGAGGCCGUCCCUGCCUCUCAGAAGGGCAGCUGGACCAGUUUCCUCAAGUCGAUCGCCUCGUUCUCCGGGGACCUCUCUUCGCUCACCGCGCCGCCCUUCAUCCUCUCGCCCAUCUCCCUCACGGAGUUCCCUGCCUACUGGUGCGAACGCCCGGCGUUGUUCUCUGCGAUCGCGGAUGCCAAGAACGAGCAGGAGAGGUCUAUCGCCGUCCUGAAAUGGUUCAUCAGCACCCUCAAAGGCCAAUACACAUCCCGUAAUGAGAAGCUCGGAUCUGAGAAGAAGCCCCUCAACCCUGUCCUUGGAGAGCUGUUCUACGGCUACUGGCCCGACGCCAACGGCCGCGGACAGACCAACCUCGUUGUCGAGCAAGUCUCGCACCACCCGCCCAUCACCGCCUACUUCAUUUGCAACCCGUCGAGGGGCCUCGCGCUCCAAGGCCACAGCGCCCAGAAGACGAGUUUCUCGGGCGGCAGCAUCAUUGUCAAGCAGAUCGGCCACGCUAUCCUCACCGUCGACCUACCCUCAGGCGGCACGGAGCAGUUCUUGAUCACCCUACCGCGGCUUCGCAUUGAUGGCCUGUGGUACGGGUCGCCAUACAUUGAGCUGGCGGAGACCUCGUACAUUCAGUCGUCUUCUGGGUGGCUAUCAACGAUUGAGUACAAGGGCAAGGGCUACUUCUCCGGCCGCUCGCACUCCUUCAAAGCCUUGCUGACGUCCCCAGGAUCGAGUCACCCGGUGAAGAAGUAUGAGGGCGUCUGGCACGAGGUCUCCAAGGACCUCGACACUGGCGAGACCUUCACGGACGUCACUUCGGCCAAAGAGGAGGUCACGGUCGGGACGGUCGAGGAGAUGCACGAGUUCGAGAGCAGGAGGCUGUGGCAGCACGUCGCGCGGGGCAUCCGUGAGGGCGACUACGAGCUUGCGAGUCGGGAGAAGAGCAAGAUCGAGAACGACCAGCGGCAGAUGCGUCGCGACGAGCAGGCGGCGGGCUCGUCGUGGAAGCUGCGCCACUUCGACCACAUCGACUUGGAUCCCGUGUACGAGCGCCUGGCGAAGCUCUUCAACGCCACGCCGCUCGUCGAGGACACGUACGACUUCCUCCACAACCACGACGGCACGCCGUCCGUUCCCAAGUAG